UACUAAUUUUAUGUGUGACUGAUGCACUCAUACUUGAACUUUGAUUUUAGGAUCAAACAGGUUGACGACAUGGAAAAUCAAGCUCGAUCACUGGUUCUUGAAUUGCACUUGAAACUCCAAACCCAUGGAUGGAUUUUGAUUCCAUUUACAAGAAGACAUAUGAAGCAUUAUAAUGCCACCAUAGCCAGCCUGAGCUCUGUGGGUUUUGGAGGACACUCUUCACUAAUAAUGAGGUCUGAUGAUGAAGUUGCAAUGGAGAACUGGAAGUUUAUUUCUGAGAGAAGAGUGAGUUUGCAUAACCAAGGUGUCCACAUUAUCAGUGUCAUUAGCAGCCAGAUGGAUGCCUCUGACUGGGCCCCUGUUUGGGACAGCGUAAUUUCAAGCUUGCUCAUCCAAUUCAUCACAGGACGGAACAACAUCAUAAUUCUGUGA